AUGGCCGCCUCCGCCAGCUCUCAGCACCGAUGCGUCUUCGUUGGGAACAUACCUUAUGAUGCUACGGAGGAGCAGCUGAUUCGGAUAUGUGAGGAGGUUGGCCCCGUGGUGUCCUUCAGGCUGGUAAUUGAUAGAGAAACUGGGAAGCCCAAAGGUUAUGGAUUUUGUGAGUACAAGGAUGAAGAGACAGCUCUUAGCGCUCGUCGCAAUCUUCAGGGCUAUGAAAUAAAUGGCCGUCAGUUACGAGUUGAUUUUGCAGAAAAUGAUAAAAAUGCUGACAGAAACAGAGAGCAGGGUCGUGGUGGACCAGGGUUGACAUCAAGUAUCUAUGCUCAGAGGCAAUCAGGUGGACCCUCUAUCCUUGGGGAUUCAACUCUUCAUCAACCUAUUGGUCUGCCAUUAGCUGCAACUGCUUCAUCUCUCAUGGCUGGAGCUCUAGGUGGGGCUCAGACUUCUGGCAUCCAACAUGGUUUACAAAGCCAGUCUGGAAUGGGAAAUGAUGCCUUGACUUGUUAUCUAGCUGGGAUGUCUAGACACCAAUUGAACGAAAUUAUAUCUGAGAUAAAGGCUCUGGCUACUCAAAACAAGCCACUGGCUCGACAACUAUUGCAAGGGAAUCCACAGCUGCCAAAGGCUCUCUUUCAGGCACUGAUAAUGCUUGGCAUGGUGACACCACAAAUGAUGCAAAUGACAAGCAGUCUGCCAUCAUCAAUUUUGGCCCCCCAACCUUCAUCUCAUCUUGGCCAAGCAUCUUCGCAAAAGGAUGCUUUGAUUGGAAUGUUGUCGAGGCGAUCUGAAAGUCAGAUGCCCAAUGUUCCACAAAACACAACAGAUUUACAGCAAUCUGCACUUCUGCUGCCCAGUGUGCCUGUUCACCCUCCACAUCAGCGCCCUCUGCCCCAUGCCCAAGUUCUCCAGGGAAAAAUACCAGGCAAACAUGGAGCUACUGAAACAUCAUCAAUACAGCCUCAGCCUCUUGGUGGCCCUUCUAUUCAGCCAAAUCCUCCUGUACCGGCAUCAAAAGGCCUGAUACCACAAAUUCACCCCCCACUUCAGCAGCAUCAUGCUAGACCAACUGGAGCUGCAUCUUUGGCGCAACGUCCUCUGCUGGCCAUCCCAAACACAAGCCUCCAGCAAUCACUUUUGCUCCAUCCUUCAGUAUCUCGGAUCAGCUCAUCAAAUUACCAAUUACCACUGGGUGGACUGGAGAUGCUUUCAAAGGAAGCUGGAACAUCUGCUUCUGUUAGCCACGAUCCAACUUGGGCAUCCAAAGCUAGUACACAAAAUUUAGGAGUAGGUUUGGUGGAGCAAACAAGAAUGGCAGGUGAUGCAUCGGAACUGAUGAGUCGUCCUUCAAAAAUACAUAGAUUGGAAGAUGGAAGUGGUGCUCCCCAGUUGAUGAAUGGCCAUUCUUCUUCCAAUAGACCUAUUUCAGGUCAAACAAUCGGCACUGGAUCAGUAUCUGUGAGUCAAAUGACAGGUUUUGAUGGGGUGCAACAUUCAGAGAAACAGAUGCCUCAGCUUACAUCUGAAAUGGAGUCAGCUCUUCUGCAGCAAGUACUGAGUCUAACACCUGAGCAGUUAAGUUCAUUACCUGUAGAGCAGCAGCAGCAAGUACUUCAACUCCAACAGAUGUUAUCAAGCAAGUAGCAUAACUCUGUACUGGGUUUCUCGAUGCCCUACCCCAAGCAAUGGGGAGGACACACGGACAUAAUGCAUAAAGGGGGAUCCCAGAUCAUUUUAUUUGUCACCUGUUCAAUAUAUUUGUGCCUGCAUUCUUUGAUGUGUAGAUGUGAUGAAAGAAGCAUAACAGUCCAUCGUCAUCUUAGUUGCGGAAUGCAAGGCUGGCUUCCUUGCUUCCAUGUAACAUUAGAGUAUAAUUCAUCGUCUUCAAAUAAAAAGCAUGGAGCUCUCUUCUAUCUAUUGUUUUAAGUUUGCAUUUGUGCACACAUAACCCUUUUCUUGUCUCCAGCAAUUAAUGCAAAGGAAUAUAAGAUGGAAGAAGAUUGAA